CCGUUCUUGUUUGGGCAAUAAGCUGCCUCUCUUAAUCCCUUGCCUUAACCAGCGCCAGCCUACCCUUAAUCUUAUCCAAUAUAAUUUGGUUCAUCAUCAAUUCAUCCUCAUCCAUAACCUCCCGUUGGAGCUCGCGAGUGGUACUUAUAGACCUCCAGCCCCAGCAGGCGGUCGUGCAUUGCAGGGUAGUAUUAUGGCGCAGCCAGCCAGCAUGCAGCUCCACCUCUCGCCGGCGGUGAGCGCGCCCUUCGUCCACGUGGGGAGACCUCGGCUCCGUGCCCUCGCCAAAGCAGGUCCAUGCCGUGCGCUCGGCAAAGAAGAUGUUGGCCAUGGCGUGGUGGAACCCGCCGGCACGCGCAUGGCAAGGCGGAGGACGACGCAGGCCAACAGCGUAUCCGGUGCUGCUAAAGGGCUGCAAACCGACCCGGUGGAUGAGUUUCAGACUCUAAAACGCCACGAGGAACCACGUGUCGUCCCCGGUUCAGAGUUCCAGCAGCCACUGAUCGAGCAGGUGAGGGCGAUGCUGGGUUCGAUGGAGGACGGCGAGAUCACCGUGUCGGGUUACGACACCGCUUGGGUGGCCCUGGUGCCGAGGCUGGACGGCGGCGAGGGUCCCGAGUUCCCGGAAAGCCUCCGGUGGAUCCUAGACCACCAGCUCCCGGACGGCUCCUGGGGCGACGAGGCCUUGUUCUCCGCCUACGACCGGAUCACCAACACCCUCGGCUGUGUCGUGGCUCUCACCAAGUGGUCUCUUGGCGCCGAGAACUGCAAGAGAGGUCUGGCUUUUCUUGAGCAGAACAUGUGGAGGCUGGCCGAGGAGGACCCGGAGGAGAUGCCCAUCGGCUUCGAGAUUGCUUUCCCUUCUACGCUAGAGACGGCCAAGAGCUUGGGCAUUGUGUUACCGUAUGACCACCAGGUGCUGCAGACCAUCUAUGCCAACAGAGAAGUCAAGCUCAAGAAGAUUCCGAUGGAGGUGAUGCACAGCUUCCCAACGACGAUCCUGCACUCCCUCGAAGGGAUGCCCGGGGUGGACUGGGACAGGAUCCUCAAGCUCCAGUCCAGCGAUGGCUCAUUCCUCUUCUCUCCUUCUGCGACGGCCUAUGCUCUCAUGCAAACUGGUGACACCAAGUGCUACGAAUAUAUCAACAGAAUCCUCAAGAAAUUCGAUGGAGGAGUUCCCAACGUCUACCCUGUCGAUCUCUUUGAGAACAUCUGGGCCGUCGACCGGCUGGAACGCCUCGGCAUCUCCCGCUACUUCAAGAAAGAAAUCAAACAGUGCUUGGAACAUGUGCACAGACACUGGACUGAAAAGGGGAUCUGCUGGGCAAGGAACUCCGAGGUCCAGGACGUGGACGACACGGCCAUGGCGUUCCGGCUAAUGCGGCUGCACGGAUACGACAUCUCGCCAAGCGUGUUUGAGCACUUUGAGAAGGACGGCAAGUUCUUCGCCUUCGUGGGGCAGUCGACGCAGGCAGUCACCGGGAUGUACAACCUCAACAGGGCUUCUCAAGUGAGAUUCCCAGGGGAGGACGUGCUGGAGCGUGGCGCGAGAUUCUCGCACGACUUCCUCAGAAGGAGACAAGCCGAGGGCACCAUCUGUGAUAAGUGGAUCAUUGCCAAGGAUCUACCAGGCGAGGUAGAAUAUACAUUGGACUUCCCAUGGUAUGCAAGCUUGCCACGCGUAGAAGCAAGAUUCUACAUAGAGCAAUAUGGUGGUGAGGAUGAUAUCUGGAUUGGCAAGACACUCUACAGGAUGCCGCUUGUGAACAACAACAUUUAUCUUGACCUGGCAAAGCAUGAUUUCAACCGUUGCCAAGUUCAACAUCAGCUUGAGUGGCAUGGCCUACAAAAGUGGUUCACCGAGAAUGGCCUCGAGGCUUUUGGGGUGACUUCAGGAGAUGUUUUAAGGACUUAUUUCCUGGCCGCUGCUAGCAUAUUUGAACCAAACCGUGCGACGGAACGACUUGCAUGGGCAAGGGUGUCAGUUCUCGCCAACGUUAUUUCUAAAUACCUUCGCAGCGAUUCGUCGGGUAAUAAAGUGCUGGAACAGUUUAUGCAUGGCAGUCUCCAUGAAGGAGAAAUUGAUGCAUCCGGGCUUAAUGGAGAUGCAAAAGAAGAAAUUCUUGUUGGGGCCCUUGAGAAACUUGUUGAUUUAAUGGCGCAAGAGGCACCUGGUGACGGAACGAUGCACGUCAACAAUUUGCUGCGUUGCGCUUGGAUUGAAUGGAUGAUGCAGCAAACUAGACGAACAAACCUAACAUACGGUACAACAAGUGUUAACCAAGCAAAGUCCUUCAUGGUCCAUGACAAACAAACAUGUUUGCUUCUAGUUAAAAUUAUCGAGAUUUGUGCUGGACGAAUUGGUGAAGCGUCAUCUAUGGUGAAUAGUAUAGACGGUACUUGGUUUAUUCAACACGCGUCCGCUAUUUGUGACACCCUUCACCACAAGAUGUUACUCUCCCAGGAUGCUGAGAAGAACAAUGCAAUAAUAAGACACAUGGACAAGAAAAUUCAGCUCGACAUGCAAGAACUUGCCCAAAAUAUUCUUCAGACUGAUUAUGACGAACCAGGUAGCAAGACGAAGCAGACCUUCCUGAGUGUUGUGAAAAGUUGUUACUAUGCUACCAAUUGCCCAUCCGACAUCUUGGAUAAACAUGUUUCGAAAGUUAUUUUUGAACAUGUUAUCUGAAAGAAAAAACUAUAGGAGUAUGAAUUUUAGGGAUGAAUGUGAAACUUGUAGAAAAGAAUGUUGUAAAGUGUUCUAGAGGAGGGGUGCAUAAAAAUAUGUUGUGCCAAUGGAAGUUAGCGUCUGCUUAUUCAAGCCAACAGGGUUGUUCGUCGAUGUUGUACCAUUUUGAGAGCUCAGUGGUUUGCAUUGAGAUUAUGGUAUAAAUUAGUUCGCUGGAAAAGAGGCAAAGUCAUAAACCA